AUGUCGCACCUUCUGUCCUCUCCUACCGUAUUAGCGCUCAGCGCCUUCUCUUUGACUAUUCUCUAUUUUGUAUAUCGCGCCGCACUGCCCCACCCCAUCCCGGGUAUACCUUACAACAAAGCCGCCGCCAAUUCUAUCUUGGGCGACGUGCCCGAGUUCCUGAGAUACGUCAAAGACAACAAUGGCCAAGCUCUGCAAUGGUGGAAUUUGCAACUCGAAAAGCAUGAUUCACCCAUCUUUCAGCUGUUCUUGAAGCCUUUCAGUCGACCCGUGGUCAUUGUGGCCGACUUUCGUGAGGCCCAGGACGUCCUUCUUCGCAGAUACAAGGAGUUUGACCGCAGCACCAUCUUCGAAGAGAUUUUUGGCAGCAUUCUUCCCUACCAUCAUAUUGGACAAAAGACAAGUGAUAAAGUCAAGGCUCAGAAACGCUUGUUGGCCGACACCAUGAUGCCAUCCUUCUUGAACGAGGUCGCAGCUCCUAGUAUGCACGAGGCUAUGAUGGAUCUCGUACGCCUGUGGAAUCUUAAAACAGAUCUCGCGCAAGGUCGCCCUUUCGAAGCCCACGAAGAUAUUGCACAUGCCACACUCGACGCUAUCUGGGUCGUCACGCUCGGCUCAUCGGCCAACACGAUUGGGAAUCAAGCAAAUAUGCUAGAGUCUGUACCGAGCAUCAAACUUCCCGAUGGCAACGACGUGCCAGUGCAUUUCCCAAAGGCUCCUCAUCCGCCGGCAUUCGACGCUGUUUUGACAAUUACCGAGUCAAUGACUCCAUUGAUAGCUUCGCCGUAUCCUAAACUUCACCACUGGUUCUUGCGACAAUUCAAAUCGUACAAGGAAGCCAUGAAGUACAAAGACCUGGAGAUAGAAACCAUGAUCAAGGCUUCGGUCGAAAAGUUUUCCGAGGACCAUAUCGAUGCUUUGGAGAAGCAGGGUAAAGACCGAUCAGCUAUAGAUCAUAUGAUCAGACGCGAACUCCUGGCAUCUCGAAAGGAAGGCAGAAGACCCCAAUACGACACACUUGCUGCAAAAGAUGAAGUCUUCGGCUUCCUCGUCGCUGGCCACGAGACCACUUCUACAACAAUUGCUUGGGGAGUGAAGCUCUUGAGCGACAAUCAGCAAGCACAAACUAAGCUACGCGAAGUGUUGCGCUCAACUUACGUCGGUGCCGCUGCCGAGAAGAGACAGCCUACCUCGAAGGAGCUAGCAACUCUACAUCAUCCUUACAUUGAUGCCAUGCUAGAGGAGAUCUUACGUUGCAGUACUACGGCAGCCAUCACCAGUCGACUGGCGAUGGUCGAUACGGAAGUGCUAGGCAUCCGCAUUCCCAAAGGAACUGACGUGAACUUCUUGUCGUACGCUGGCUUUAUAGCACCACCAGUGGGUGUUGUAGAGGAGCACAAGCGCAGCCCUAGCAGUCAAGCAUCGAAGGAUAAGACUGGUGUCUGGGAAGUGCCUGACAUAAGUGCCUUCAAGCCAGAGCGCUGGUUGAAGUCAAUCGGCAAGGAGGGUGAGUCCGCAUUCUCGAAGAAUGCUGGGCCGACUCUACCAUUCGGCGCUGGAAUCCGUGGCUGCUUUGGACGCAAACUAGCAUAUAUUGAGCUGCGUAUGCUCGUGGUCUUCAUCAUUUGGAACUUCGAGCUUCUGCCAGCCCCUGAAGAGCUUAGCUCCUACCUUGCAAUCGAUAAGGUUACUCAUCAGCCUCAGAAGUGUUAUCUCCGCCUGAAGAAAGCAGAUUGGUAG